UCUUAUCAGACGGUGGAUUCUUUGCGCUUCAAUCUCGAAAAUUAUUAAAAUUGAAAUAUUAAUUUAGUGAAAUCUAGACUCAUACUUGGAUAAUCCAGUCUAAUGGUGUCAUCAUACUAAAAAUCUCAGAUAAUAUUUAUUUUGCCAAGUUUUAUCAACGAUAAGUUUCUAUUCCUAUCAAUGAUAUAUUUCGAAGAAGUUGCAGACGGCAGAUGUAAGUACAUGUACCAAAACUUUAAAAAUCACUCAUGAAUAAAGUUAUAGAAAGUUGCAUGCCAAGCUGAAUCAGCAUCACGAGAAGCUGUACAUUUCCUACAUAAUUUCCUCCAAGUCAUUGUCUAAUAGUCCAACUCAUUCUUGCAUAACAGCGUCUUAUAGCCGACUGCAGAAUCCUACUCAACCGAGUGAACACUCACGAGCUCCGUGGGAGGGAUACCUAAAUAUACUCUGGAAGGAACCAUCAGUGCAGUCCAGUAUACAUCAGUCGCGUAUAGCGCGUGGGUGCUCGCGCGAGAUCUUGCAAGAGGCUCGGGGAACGAGCGAGCGUGCGAGCAUGGGUGGGGUCUCGAGAACGUUUCACCACUUCGUUCCUCCGUUCGCGCAGCCUCGCGAGUCCGGUCUACGUGCGGGUUGUCUGCUGGUUAUCGUCGUGGCUGUUACACACAGUGGCGGCGCGUGACGCGUGGCGCACGGCGAGUAAUGGCUGUUCCGCGGGUGCCGAGCGUCGAAUAUAUACGAGCGCGGCGGGCAAGGAAGAUGGACGUUUCGAGGUCAGUCGGGCCUCCUCGCGCGCUCUGAGAGAGCCGUCCGAUCAGUGAAACUGGAGCAGCGAGAGGCGUCGCGCGCGCAGAAACGGACGGAACGCUGCGCUGCGCUGCGCGCACGGCGGCCUGUCAAGAUCGUCGGCUGGAAUUCAAGGAAGACUGAACAACGCGGGAGGCUGGUGCGUGCGUGCGUGCGUGCGGUUGCGUCGUGGUCACCGGUGGAGGCUGAAACGGCCAGCACUGACCUCGCUAAUUGCGCUGCGCUCGCAGCUGCUCGCGCAGCGGAGCUCGCCAGCGCGCGCGCCUUCAAUGAUCGAGAAUUCGGCGGCUGUGAGUCACUGCUGCUCGCCGCCUGGUGGAUCCGGACGGAGCGGAUGGUCGGGACCCGCGUCAGCGAUUUCGACAUCGGAGAUAUUUUAACAUUAGAGAGGAUUGGUGACGUUCGUAAUGGAGAGAAAGGGGCUACGCAAGAAGGAUAUAUUGAGGAUAGACGGUCUUCUGCCUCCAACCCGGCGUUUACCAGUUUGCGACGCGGUAUCCAGUACGUCUGAUAAGAAAAAGGAUAAGAAAUGGUCAAUAGGCGGUAUUCUGCGACGAAUAUCCUCGAUAAGAGAUUACGAGAGUUCCUCGAACGACGAAGAAAUCGUUUAUUGCAAACGAACGCCGAGGAAACCCACACGAGUCAACCGACAACCCAAUGAAAUCGGCCAAGUUGUGCUUCACUCGAUAGAGAACACUUCGCAGCGCGAUAAGCAACCGAGAAUUCCAAGCAACGUCCGCCAAUUGACGGACUCGCUGCAUUUGCGUCGGGACUCUCUGCACUCUCGCAGCAGCGAUGGCUCGUUGGACGGUUUUGGCAAGAAGAGCCGAAAAAACAAACUGAAAGCGCGGGCCGAGGCGAAGAGGGAUCAUCUGUGCGCCGAGAGCAGUUCCGACGAAGACUGUCGGAGGUCAAACAGUUCGCUGAACAGACUUCACCUCGCGGAUGCAGCGCAGAAUGGCCAGAGGAACAACGCGUGUAGCAAGAGAACGCGGGCAGCUCGGACGGAGCGCUACAUUAAGCGUUUGUCUCGGGAUGACGGCAACGGCAGUGGUGAUACCUUGAACGACCCGUACAAUAGAAGGUGUUCUUCAGAGCACAAUGAAGACAAAGAGCACGCUGUGCACGUCGACGUGAACGGAUCUUGUCGUCCGCCCGUGCAUCCGCGCCGAUUUGGCCUACAUUCGAGCAAUCGUGCGCUUCCAGUUCAAAAAUCGUUCGCGGAUGUGCCGGUACCGGAAGUCGUCGGCGACUUCAGGAGGUACUCCACUGGACAGUACGUCACGGAUCUAAAUCAGAACAACACGUAUGGUAAAAUCUCGUGCAAUACCAGCGGAGACGCGGACGCGAGCCGAGCCGGGAAUUUCUUCACGUAUCCCGCGAAGAGCGUGUGGCACUACACGGAACCGCUCGAUUGCGCGAUCGAUCGCCGCCGAUUGAUCAACCUGAACAAUCGACCACCCGAGCCACCGCCGAGAGAUCCCCGUUAUCGCGUGUACGGUUACGGAUAUGGUUCCUACCCGGCGAACAGACACCAGAACGUGCCGAGUUACUUUAAGCGAGAGGGGGACGGGAUCAACGCCGCGGAUGGAAUAGCGAGAGCCGAUCGGCGGAACUUCCGAUCAUACGGAUCGAAUAACGAGAUCGCUCGGUACGAUACGGCAGAGCACGAGAUGGAAAGCUCGACGUCGCCGUAUCUCAGAACGGAGUUCCGCAACUCGUUGGAGCUCACGAACAAUAAAUACAAUUCCAGCCGUCACUGCCCGAUUGAAUCGGCCUACGGGGAGACCGCCGAGGCGGCGCGAUGCCGGCACAGAAACACUCGCAACGAUCAGCUCAAUUGCAACGGCGCGAAUCACGGCGCGUACAAGGCCGGGAAUAAAUCAGCGAACAUCUGCGAACCGAAUAAACAUCGCGAGACGAUUUCAUCACGCACAUCUGCCGCGUCACCCGAUUGGCCGCGAGGCAGAUCUCCUUGCGAGCAGCGUAUCUCCCAUUCCAUCGGUCCGCUGAUACAUGACGUCGAUAAUAAUCGGUCCGAGAAUGGCAAGAAGGAGAACAAUAGAGCAGCGACACCGAUCGACGAAGCUCUGGAGAGGCGGAGAAGCUCGAAGAAUCUCGAGGAAGCUCUGUUCGAGCUGGAAGCGAUAUACAACAGCCUCCGCCUUGGCGACGAGGAUCUCCUCGAUCGCGCAGAACGUCGGAGCAUGGAGGAGUACAGUCUGAAGCAGAAAGGCAGGAACGAACUCGACGCGGUGAGCGUGAUCGCGUCAGAUUCACCAGACAGGACAAAGGACGACAUGGCCUACCGGAGGAUGCAUCCCAAGGAACGGCCGACGUCGCUGUCGGACAUCGCCGGACAGUCGACUCUGUCCAGCAUAAGCUACCUUAUUGCCUCGCCCGCAUUGUCGCGCAGGGACUCGGCAGACGAUCUCGCGCGUCUCGCACCUACCUAUCCCUCCCGCCGAGAUGAGCCAGACAUCACUCGCGACGACGUGGUCUUCCGCAGCAUGAGCCACGCGAACAACACUCUCCGGGUGAUCGAUCCGCAGCCGCCGUUCGGCAUUCCACUGGGACCGGUCACCGCGGCGACCGAGAGCGACUACCUGCACACGAUACCAACGAAACCGGAGCAGCCGCGCUCGCCGUACAUACCGCAAUGCGAGCCCGACGUGGUCACGGACGACUUGGCUUACCGUACUCUGAGGAAGGACGCGGUUGCGGUGCGGAACGUCGUCGGCGCACAGGAGAGCAGGCUCGACGAGGUCGCAAGAGAGGAGCAGCGACCAGCAGCUAGCAGCACGUACGGUGGCAUGAAGAAGAAGCGCGCCGUCAGGUCGCUGUCGGCCAAUCUCUACGGUCUGAUCAACCAUGACCGGAUUCAUCUGAGACGCGAGCCCAGCCUUGACGCCAUUCGGGAUGAAAUUCAGGACGUAACAAGGAAUUUAUACGCGACGCCUGAGCGACCAGGAUAUCUGCGGCGCGUCGUGAGCGAUGGCGAGUUGUCCGACAAUGAUGCACGUCGGCGGAAGGAACCGGCCGUUGGAGGCGAAAUCGACAUCAACGGUAAUCAUCCGGUGAUGGGCGCGUAUCAGAGGAAGCUAUGCGUCUAUCCUACGUCUAGGCCGGAGAUGACGGCAGCACGGGAAAGUCCUAAGAAGGAAAAGGAGUCGAAUAUCGCGGGACUGUCCGAUGCCGUGCGGUCUUCGAAAGCCGCUGCCUUGGACGACGAGUUUUGGCACGAGUACCUGCGUUCGGAUUCCGACGUCUUGGCAACCGACGGCGAUCAUGGAACGGAAACGGACUUCACCGCGUACAGUCGCCUCUGCCAAGAUCUGGUUAACUUGAUAAAGGGCGACGAUGACGCGACGCCGCUCAAUAAAUUGGAGAACGAUUCCGUCGUUGCUGUCGUGCCACCCGACCACAAAACAGAUCUCAAAGUCAAAACUGAACCUCUAGCAAGUGUAGGCACUCUAGGUAGUCAUUACUCGGGAUCGCAGCGUGCCAACGAUGAGCAGAAAAUCAAAGACGAAAGCGCGGAAAACGAAACUGCGGAAAGCCCGAGCGGGGAGUUGACGUCAAACCGCAACCUUGAUUUCUAUCUUCGCGUGGCGGACGAGAACGUCAAGCUAAUUGCAGAGGCCUUCGGCAGCGUGGCGGACCACCUACGCGACAGUCGCCUAUCCGCCCGUGAAAAUUCCUCGACAUCGCGCUGUUCUGAGACCGAAUGCCAAAGUGGUAGCACGCGUAGCUCCACCCUUUACAGUCAGGAAGACCGAACGAACGACAAUGACGGCGACGAUGACGAGACGGUCGCCCGCGUGACUCCGAAGCGCGACCUUCUGCUAAGCAACGAAGGGGACCAAGCUGACCAAGGAAGCAGCACCAGCUGCUCCGAGAGUACCUCCACUGCCGAGCUGGACCUGUCCAGGGCCGUUCGCGACCUUCAACUGGCCGCGGCCAGUCUGUGCGAGCACGGACAGGAGAUCAAGGACCUGGGGAUAGGACGUGGACGGGUCCAAGGCGCGCGCGUUCAGGAUGCGACGCCGAUCCGCUCCGCGUCGUCUUCGCUUAGCAGGGACGAGAACGAAGAGGAUCGUCCGAUCCGCAGGCUCGGUCUGAUCGCCGACGCGCUGAAGCGGGAGCAGGAGCGGGAACGCGAUCAGCAGGAGGCCGCCGUGGACCGCGGGAUCGGCGCGCGAGGCGGCGAGAAUGCGCGAGACGAGGAGAAACGCCGCGCAGGUGAGCGCACGGUGUGCUGCGAGCUUGACGAUCGCGCGAGAUCGCGCCGCGUCGAGGACGAUCUCGCGCGAUCUCGCGUCCCCGGUAUCACUAACAUCACCAACGUCAUAACGAAGCGCUCCAUGCUCUUGCUCGCUUGUCUCCUUGCACUGCUUUUAGCGAUCGUAGCAGCAUCGUGAGGAGAUGCACUUCCUCCGGUCCGGUUUCUCCCGCGACCGGAUUAUGCGUAUGUGUGUGUGUAUCGCGCUACAUGUAUUACGCUAUGUGUGCGAGACGCGCGCAUCCCGCAGUUCGAGAUCAUCGUCAUCGUCAUCAACGUUAACUCCUACCAUGCGUGUGAUUUGUGUGUUCAUUUGCAAAUGUUACUAAUGUCGCAGGUCUCCAGGCGCUCGCUCGUUCGCAAUGAUGACGGUCGCAUCGGAAAGCGCGCUCGUUCGACCUGACCGGUCGGCGCGACACGACGCCGAGGCUGUUUGAUCUUUUGUAUGAGAACCGAAAGACAAAAAAACGGAAAGAGAAAGAGAACGAGGGAGCGAGAGAUGCAGUUUCCGCUGUGCUGCCUGUGAGGCGCGUCAAUUUGUUGUUGUUGCUCUUGUUACUGCGUUGUUGGUUUUAAUAAAGUUUAAAUGUUGAAUGUCGCGCCAGUAUAAAGGUUACGCUGGCGCGCGGUUUCAUCCUUCGCUAUGUACGACGUGGUUAAUGUAUUCGAUCGUGCCCGUUCCUCGGACCGUUUCUAAGUGUCCAAGAUAUAAAAAAUAUAUGCGAGAUAUUUGAUCGAAGGCUACGAAAAAUUAUAUUAAAAUAAUGAAAGGUUAUAUAAAAAUAGCAAAGCGUUAUUUUUCGACGGACAAUACUGCGGACUUUUCCUAUCUCUAUUGUAAGAUACGCAAUAUUUCUUGUACUUUGUACACAGUUAUUUUCUUGGUUAAGUUAUUCAAAUAAAAGCCGCCAUAUUUUUCA